AUGUCCAUGUCACACCUGUAUGGGCGGAGAGAGGCGGAGGAGGAGGGAGUGGAGGUGGAGAGCUUUGAGGUGACGGACUGGGACCUGGCCAAUGAAUUCAAUCCAGACCGUCGCAGAUUCAGGCAGACCAAGGAGCAGGCCACCUAUGGCAUCUGGGCCGAGAAGGAUUCGGAUGAAGACGAGAGGCCGAGCUUUGGUGGCAAGAAAUCGAAAGAUUACACAACUCCAGUGAGCUUUGUGAGUGCCGGUCUGCGUAAAACUGCAGCUGAAGAGAAACAACAGCAGCAGCAAAAAGAAGGAGGCUCUGAUGACUCUGAUGAGGAUGUUCCUGCAGCGCCUCCACCGCCUCGUGGCACAGCACCCAAAAAGCUGCAGAUGUCAAGUUUCCGUGGGAAUCAGUCACAGAGAUUUGCUGGUGGUAUACAAUCCGGGCAAGGCAUUGGGAGCUGGGAGAAGCACACGAAAGGAAUUGGACAGAAGCUCCUGCAGAAAAUGGGAUACCAACCAGGAAAAGGCUUGGGCAAGAAUGCUCAAGGUAUUAUUAACCCCAUUGAGGCAAAGGUUCGUAAAGGAAAGGGAGCAGUCGGCGCUUACGGAAAUGAACGUACCCAGCAGAGUCUUCAGGACUUUCCUGUGGUCGACUCGGAAGAAGAGGAGGAGAAGGAGUUUCAGAAGGAGCUCGGCCAGUGGCGUAAGGAUCCUGCUGGGUCUGGAUUAAAGAAGAAGCCGAAGUACUCCUACAAAACUGCGGACGAGCUGAGAGCGAAAGGAAAAUUCACAGGCAGGAGCACAGCAGCUUCGGCUGGAGAGCUGGCGCAAGUCAAGGUGAUAGACAUGACUGGAAAGGAACAAAAGGUCUACUACAGUUACAGUCAAAUGUCCAGUAAGCACAGCGUUCCCGACGAAGGUCCGCCCAGCAGGGACCAGAAAGGAUCCGGCUUCGCUCUCCCAGAGCUUGAACAUAACCUGCAGCUGCUGAUAGAUUUAACAGAGCAGGACAUUUUACAGUCUGCUCGACGUCUGCAGCACGAACAAGAUGUUGUUGUCAACCUGAGCCAUGAGUCUCGAGCCCUGCAGAGCAGGCUGGACCUGGAGCAGGACGCCAUUCAGAAAAUGGAGGCCAUACUGGCUUUGGUGGAGCGUUUUCCUUCUGGGGAGACGGCACCGGGGGAGGGGCCCACCCUGCAGGAAUGCGCCCGGAUCUUUGAAACUUUACAAACUGAAUAUUAUGAUGAAUACAAGAUGAUGGGAUUGGCAGAUCUGGCCGUAGCUGUCGUUCAUCCGUUGCUCAAAGAGAAGCUUCGUUCCUGGGACCCUCUGAAGGACAAUUCUUACUGUUUGGAAGACAUCGGUCAGUGGAGAGCAAUCCUUGAAUCUCGAGACCUUCACACAAGUGGCCCCGACUCGAACAUGGAUCCUUACCACAGAUUGCUGUGGGAGGUCUGGAUCCCGGUGAUGAGGGUUUGUGUGACGGGCUGGCAGCCCCGUGUGGUCCGACCAAUGGUGGACUGCAUUGAGGUGUGGGCUCCCCUUCUGCCUGCGUGGAUAAUGGAGCACAUGAUGGACCAGCUGAUCCUACCCAGACUACAACGAGAGGUGGAUAACUGGAACCCUCUAACAGACACAGUGCCGAUCCACUCCUGGAUACACCCUUGGCUUCCCCUCUUCCACACACGUUUGGAGCCUCUUUACCCACCGAUCAGGAGCAAAUUGUCCAGCGCCUUGCAGCGGUGGCACCCCAGUGACCCCUCGGCCCGCCUCAUCCUGCAGCCGUGGAAGGACGUUUUCACUCCUGGCGCGUGGGAGGCCUUCAUGGUGAAAAACAUCAUCCCGAAACUAGCGCUGUGUCUGGAGGAGCUGGUCAUCAACCCCCACCAGCAGCAGAUGGGGCCGUUUAACUGGGUGAUGGACUGGGACGGCAUGCUGUCGCCCUCCAGCCUCGUGUCCCUGUUGGACAAAAACUUUUUCACAAAGUGGCUGCAGGUCCUGUGUUCAUGGCUGAGCAACAGUCCCAACUACGAAGAAAUCACUAAGUGGUACCUUGGCUGGAAGAACAUGUUUAGCGACGUGUUGUUGGCACAGCCCCUCAUUAAAGAGAAAUUCAACGAAGCGUUGGACAUCAUGAACCGAGCCGUGUCUUCAGGCAUGGGUGGUUAUAUGCAGCCCGGCGCCAGAGAGAACAUCGCAUAUCUCACGCAGACGGAGAGACGGAAGGACUUCCAGUACGAAGCCAUGCAGGAGCGCAGGGAAGCCGAGAGCGUGGGCCACAGGGGCGUCAGCGCCGGCGUGCCGACUAAUUUUAAAGAUCUCAUCCAGACCAAAGCAGAGGAGAACAACAUCGUCUUCAUGCCCAUAGUGGCUAAAAGGCACGAGGGAAAACAGCUGUACACAUUCGGUCGCAUUGUUAUCUACAUCGACAGGGGCGUUGUGUUUGUUCAGGGGGAGAAGACCUGGGUGCCCACGUCUUUGCAGAGUCUGAUCGAUAUGGCAAAGUGAGCAAGGAUCACUACAUCCUUUGUUUUUCCAAGUUUUUAGUCUGUUAAAUCUUCUCCACCAGUCUGUUUGUAAAAUAUAAAGAUGUAAGAAUUGUGAAUAAAUCUUUUGAACAUAUGUUUUGUGUACUUUUAUUUUUUUAAGAGUUG